UAUGGGAAAGGUCGGCUUGUUUUUUAUUUGAUCAUGAAUGUCAAUAGUGUGGCUGUGUAUCUUAACAAGGAGGAUGGUUCUCGACUUGCAAUGUUUGUGCAAGAAAGUUUUUUGUUGGAUAUCAAGGUUUAUCCGAGUUCUACCUCCAUAGGAGGCACUUUAGGAAACUUCAGGCUGUGUGAUCUGUCACUGGGAUCAGAUCACUGUUGGGGUUGGCUUUGUGAUCUACGCAAUCAAGAAGCUGAAUCCUUAAUACAGUUUACAUUCAAUUCCUACAGUGUGGAAGACGAUGAUUAUGAAGGUUACGACUAUAGUUUGACUGGCCGGCUUUCUGCAGUCCGUAUUGUGUUUCUUUACAGAUUUGUUCAAGAGGUAGCUUUUGAUUCAGUGUAGUCACUUUUUUACCUGGUGUGAUUUUACACCUGUCAGUUACUGUUUCACAUUGAGCUCUCAAGCCUUGCCUUAUCCUCUGCCUGAAAAAGUGGCAUGUCACUGCCUGUACCUGAAUACUACUCAAAAUAUUCUGGACCUUGACACUACACCACCAUACUGGUGUGCUAAUUUGUGUCCUCAAAAGUUUGAGAUGGCACUUGCAGCGUGAGACAUUCUAGAGAUGGCGCUUACUGGACUCAAUAUAGUACAUGUUUAUUUACACUCUU